CUGAAUAUGUGUAGUUGCUCCAGUGUUCGCAAUCAUUAAAAUAAUAUGCAUGUGAGAGACUUUUCUUUUUUCCCAGCUGACAGUCAGUUGACUUUGAGCUGAGCUUUAGAAUGCUUGGACAAAUAAAAGCUAUCACGUUGAUUCUGGGCCUUAUUGGCUCCGAAGUGCAAUCGGCCAAGUUGGCGGACACGGAAUGUGGUUACUUUAACGAGAAACAGCUCUUAGAGAGGGACUCUUUCAUCGGACCCACCGAGCACCAGUGGAUAGCACGGAUCGUUUUUAGCAAAGGGAUCAAGAUUGACAAUGAUGAUGACUGUUUGGGCGUGCUGAUCUCCAAGCGCACUGUUCUAGCUCCAGCCCACUGUUUUGUUCAGUAUAACGGCCAGGCACAGGCCUUCUCCGUGCACCUGGGUGUCUACAACAAGAGUGCUCCGGUUGGAUCACUAAUCUGCGAGGAGGAUGGCUUCUGCGUGCGUCCUGCCCAGGAGAUCAAGGUGGCCGAGGUGGCCAUCCACCCGGAGUACGACUCGCGAACGCUGAAGAACAGCCUGGCCGUGCUCACCCUGCAGCGGGACGUCAAGAUCUACCCGAACGUGAUGCCCAUCUGCAUGCCACCGCCCCACUUGGUCAACGAGACGCUGGUGGGUCAGACCUUUCUGGUGGCUGGGCUGCGCAAGUGGGCGGACUUAAGGCAAAUGAGCUGGGUGAAUUCGCUCAGCCGAUCCUUCUGCCAAUCGAAGUUCAGCACGCUUUUGACCAGCAGCACCACGGUGUGUGGCUACCAGGUCAGGCCAGACGUGUUCGUCAUUGGGGCACCGCUGGUGGGGAUGCAGGCAAAGGGGCAAUUCACCCAGAACUACUACCUGGUCGGAUUAAUGAUAGACUGGCGCAUGGACGAAGACCGCGUCAUGUCCAGCUUCCUGGCCAUCCGGAACUACUUAGGCUUUAUCCAUCAGAAUUCCGACUCGUUGAUUGUACGCUCCUAAGCGGAAACAGAUCACUUUACAACCCUAAAGAAUUAAAUAAAUGUUUUGAAAAUUGUUACAAUAGUGAAAAUAACAUUAACAUUAAAUUAAAACGUUUAUAAGAAGCACGGAAGCCUUCUUUGAACUUGGCAAUAAACGUGUUAACCAGUUUUAGUAACAGCAAAAAAUUACAGAUUUUCGAUUAAAUUAAAAGACAUAUUUUUUAGAAAACAAAUAUCAAAAAUCUAACUAAAUUUUUAAAAUUUAACUAAAAUCGUUUAACUAAAUUUUUGAAAAUUCGAAUCCUUAAAUCGAGAAAUAACUGCAAAAAAGAUUUUAUACUGAGAAUGAAAAUAUACAAUUUCAAGCCAGAAGUUGUUUAGCUUUCGACUAUCUAUUUGAAGGUUACUCUUUUCAUAGCGAUUCAUGCGCAAAUCUAAGUCUGAACAUA